AUGACCACCCCAGUCUGGUUCAUCACCGCCGCCUCCUCCGGCUUCGGCCGCGAGAUCGCGCUCCAGGCCCUCCAGCGCGGGCACACCGUCGUCGCCACCGCCCGCAACGCAGACCGCAUCGCCCACCUCCGCGACGCCGGCGCCCACACCCUCGCCCUCGACGUCACCGCCGACCCGGCCACCCUCCGUGCCGUGGCCGACGACGUGGUCGCCCGCUUCGGCCGCGUCGACUACCUCAUCAACGCCGCGGGGUACAUCCUCGACGCCGCCAUCGAGGAGGCCACCCCGCAGGAGAUCUUCGACGCCUUCAACACAAACGUCUUUGGCGCCGUCGCCACCAUCAAGGCGUUCCUCCCCCACCUGCGCGCCCAGCUGCCGAACGUCGAAGGAAUCAGGGCCACCCUCGUCGCCUUUGGCAGCCUGGGCAGCUGGAUCGGGGGCCCCACGUACGGCGUCUACGCCAUGACCAAGUGGUCCUGCUCCGCGCUCAUGGAGUCCCUCGCCGCCGAGGUCGCCAGCUACGGCAUCCGCGCCACCGUCGUCGAGCCGGGCUACUUCCGCACGGGGUUCCUCAACCCGGGCGCCAAGGUCACAUCCAAGGAGCGCCUGCCCGCCUACGAGGACCCGUCGUCGGCCGCCGGUCAGGUCCGCGCCGCGCUGCUGACCACGGACGGCAACCAGCCCGGCGACGUCGUCAAGGGGGGCAAGACCAUCGUGGACAUCCUGACGGGUACUGGUGUCGCCGAGGGGAAGAAGCUGCCCGUGAGGAUCGUGCUGGGGACGGACUGCGAGGAGACUAUCCGCGGCAAGAUCAAGCAGACCGAGGGUAUCUUGGAAGAGUGGAAGGAUGUCAUCCGCAGCACUGACUAUUAA